CUUGACCGUUUUAGCAUCGGACGGUACUGUUAGUUGCUCUGACAUUCAACAUGGCCACCUGAUAUGUAGCAGACGAUACAGGUGGUAUGAAAAAUUGUAAAUAAAAUUCAGUUUUACCCUUAAUUAUGAGUGGACGUGUGCAGAAAGAGAGUGCCGAUGAUUCCGAUCGUAUUGACGAUGCAGUGGAUCCUAGAGUACAGAUUGAACUUGAACGAUUGAAUACUGCUACUGACGAUAUCAACAAGCUUGAGGUUGACUUAGACGAAGCAAGAGCAACUUUUAGGGAAUUACUUUGUGAAUCUACGGUAAAAAUUGAUAGCUUAGCUAAGAAACUUGGCGCAUGCAUUGAAAAAUCUAGGCCCUAUUAUGAUGCCAGAUUUAAAGCGAAAGAAGCUUUACACGAAACACAAAAGGCUGCAAUUAGAUUUGAAAGAGCCAAUAGUCAGCAUGCGGCAGCCAAAGAGAUGGUUUACUUAGCCGAAGAAGGAUUAAGGACAGAGGGGAGGUGUUUUGAUCAUGCUUGGCAGGAGAUGUUAAAUCAUGCAACUGCCAGAGUUAAUGAAUCCGAGCAUGAGAGAGCUUUGUCGGAAGCAGAACAUAGACACACUACUGCUCUAUAUCAUAAAGCAGAACAUGAGGUUCAAAGAUUGCAACGCGAACUAAAACGUGCAAUUGCUAAAUCUAGUAUGGGUGCACGUCGCAGCUUGCUUCUGAUAAACAGUAUCGCCUACAGGCACAACUUGCUCAUGUUGCCAUAUUACGAAAUGAAAGCGCAUUUUAAUCAAAUGCUGGAGGAGCAAAAGUUAAGAGUAAGUGCAUUAGAAAGAUCAGUGGGUGAAGCUAAAAUGACUUACGCCGAAGCGCUGAGAAACUUGGAAAAAAUCAGCGAUGAAAUUCAUAGGACUAGGAAGUAUGAUGGAGCAGACGAUUUCGAUAAGUCUCCGAGAGAUACCGUUGGCCAACCUUCUCUACAGCCCAAUGCAGGUACUCCAACUGAUUCCAGCGUUACUGGAUCACCUGAUAGUACAGAUUAUACUAGCGACGAAUACUUGCGCCUUCCUGAUAAGAUGAGUCCUAGUACACAAUGUCCUGUGCCUACAAGAAUCGAUAGAGAGCCUUCUUCCGAAUAUUUGGGCCUAAGUAACUUGAAUGUUUCAUCCACAGAGCCGCGGAAAUAUAUCAAACGAGACCGUCCAAAAAGCAUUGCAGCAACUGAUACGAAACAUAUCAUAACACUAAAUCAAACAAGUUCUUCAACCUCACGGUUGUCAGACUUGUCGAAUAUUCUUUCGCCGAUAGAAAAACGAGUGAAAAUACAAACACCAGUGGAUUUAAAAAGCACUAAUAACACUGUACAAAACGGGGAGGAAUGGACAGAAAUUAGUUUAAAUAAUUCUCCGGACGAAGUAUAUUACAAUAACGAGGUAUACUCGGACGAAGAAGAUCAAAUUCCUUAUAAACCGCUACCAAUGGACUUGACUCCGGAAAGUAACAACCCACCCGCCAAUGGUGCAAAUAUUCGGUCGUUCAGUGAAUCAGCUAGUCGAAAGAAAUUAGUAACCCAAAAGUCAUUACCCGCUAUGCCGAAAGGAAACGAAGUUAGUUUAAGCAGUGAAAAGAAAACGGAAGUAACAAGGAGUCCGUCAGUGAAAAGUAAAAGCAAACUCGAUACUAGUUUAGCUAAUUGGAUAACCAGAAGUUCAGCUGGCAGUGAAGCUAGUGGAGGCAGUUCAGCAAACUCAAGUAGAAGACAGUCCCUUGAUAUGUUAUGGAGUGCCGGCACAGGAGAACGGGUGAAAGAAUUCCUCAAUCAUGGAAUGAUGAUGUUGAACAUAUCUAGCCUUACGGAACGACGUUUUAACGAACCAAAGAUAGCAGAGAGAGACAAGGAGAGAUCUGAAAAGUCUGAGAAAGUGGAAGGGAAGGGGAAGAAAGUUCCUAGUCCAUUAGAAAAAACAAUGACCUAUCUUAAUGCGGACGAGGAAACAUCCGAUAGCGAAAGUUUAGCAAGCGUGGAAAUGUUAACGGAGGAUCAGAUUUCUUCGCUUAUGAUGGAACCGGACAUGAAUCAAGUGUGUCAAGAAAUUCUAGGUACACCUUUAGUUGAGGUGUGUCCGUUAUUGCAACAACUGCAACAACAACAAUAGCACUCCUUUUCUUGACGUUACUGAUCUAAUCGAGUUGAAAAAGACACAACCAUAAAAAAUGUUCAAAAUGGUAAAGAAACGAACUAGCUAAGGGAUAGUUUUAUUUAUCAUUACAUAAAAUUAGCGUGCAAUUUGUUCCUGCAUUUUUAUUACGCAUAUAUAUAUAUAUAUAUAUAUAUAUAUAUAUAUAUAUAUUUGUUAUAUAUUCUAUAUAUAUAUAUAUUAUAUAUAUAUAAUAGAAACAAAAGAUUUCAUUUUCGAGCAUGGAUCUUUUUCUUCCAUUUCAGAGAGUCAUGGCAACUCGAAUCGCUUCAUUACAUUGUUAUAUACACCAGUUACAUUUCACUCGAAUUACACACAAUUUGUAUAUAUAUGACGCUCAUAGAAAUUUCAAAUAUCACAUGCCAAUAGUUGAUUUUAAUUAUUGGUACACAUAUAUCGUCAUAUUGAACUUAUUUACUUAUAGCAAUCAAUAAAAGGAGCAAUAUCUAGCAAAUCCUAGAUGAUCACGCGUUAAAAAUUUUUUUUUCGUUCAUUUCGCUCAUACUUACGCGUUAAAAUACCGGUAUAGUAACUAUAAAAGAAAAAAAGUUAGAAUAAGGGAGGAAGAGAAUUAAAUAUUCCAUCGAUUAUCAAGGACCCAUCGAUUAGAAAAUCCUUUGUCUCUCUGCGUUAAGAGUACAACUAUAUAAGCAAUUCGUUUUUUAUAUUGCCAAGUAUGCAAGAGCAAAUGCCAGCCGAAACUUAAGAUGUAACAAUUAUAGUCCUCUUUGAAUUGCUAACUAGAAUUAUUUAGGUAAGAUGACAUGAUUCUAAAUAGAAAAUUGGCAGCUUUGACAAGCGUGCUACAUUAACAUUACCAAGCUUUAAUACAUAUAAUAGUAAUUAAACAUGUUCAUCUGCCAAGGCUCAGCAGGACAUUUUCAAUGAAUCUUUCCUUGACUCUGAUAAUCAGACACAUAGAUAAUAUUUAUCACUAAGUACUUUGUAGCUGUCAGAAUAUGUACGUAAAUCGUAAUUAAUGUAUUUGAGUUAUUAUCACACAUGGAUUUAGGCAAUCUGACUCUGAAGAACCAGUUUCAAUGCCAAUUACUUAACUGCUAAAUAUCCAAUUACAAUUUAAAGAGAACAUUUCAGUGAUGACUUGAGACUAACACCUACUAUUUUAAUUAUUGUGAAGUAAGAUUAUGCUUAAGAUAUUUGGAUAUCGAUAUUUUUAGAAGGAGUUGGAUUGUCUAAUUACGUUAAAGAGUAAUCCAUGAAAGGUGCAUGCGAUAUGCCACUUACAAAGAGUAAUACAUACAUAUGUAUAUAUGUGUAUAUAUAUAUAUAUAUAUAUAUGUAUAUAUAUAUAUAUAUAUAUAUAUAUGCAGAUGUCAUUUAUUUUUAAUUCGUAAUUUUCUGUGCGUGUAAACAGUGCGUGGUAAUAUAUUAAAUAAGACUAAAACAAAGUUUUCUAUGAACAAGUAAAGUAGGUCAAACAAACAAAUGGCCUUUUCAUCGUGUAUAGAAAACUACACCAAAGAUAAAUGAAAUACAGUUUAAGGCGAGCAGGAAAGUGCAAUAAAGCGAUAUUGAUUCAAUCAGGUUAUUUGUUUUUUCACUCCAUAAAGCUUAAAAAUGAAAAUAUGGUAAUCUCAUACCGAUUUACAGUUGUUGCUCUUUUUUAUCGUAAGAUUUUAUAAUUUAUGUGCGUAUAUGCACGUACACAUACAUACAUACACACGCGCGCGCACACAUAUGUAUGUAUGUAUGUAUGUAUGUAUGUAUAUAGGUUGUACAAAAAGUAAAAGAAUGUAUAUCUUUUAAAGAAAGAUAUUUUUUUAAAACGAUGAUUUUUUUUCAAUUUUUUAUUUGUAAAAUUUGAUAAGCAAUCUUUUCAGCUGUUUUAGUUGUCUAUAUAUAUAUAUAUAUAUAUAUAUAUAUAUAUAUAUAUAUAUAUGAAGAAGAAAAAAAGAAAAACAAGAUGGAAGAAACAUUAAAUUUUUAACCACUGUUGCAUUGUGAACAUACUAGUCACGAUUACAUGAUUUUGUAUAAAUCAGAUUAUUGGACAAGUUGUGGGAAAUUCGUCAACUACAUAUUAUAAAUAAACUAUAUUGAAAUUCGAAACGAUUGUCUUCGAAAUUUGACAUAAUCCUAUUGUUAUCUGCGAUGCGAGUCGAUAAUGACCAUGCUCCUAAAUAUUUUACUAGAUAUUUUUUUGGCUAAGGUAUGGGAGGGAUGACAUUGCAUAUAAUGCGUGCGCAUACUAUUAGAAUGACUGUAAAUAUAUAACAUUGUAUAUGUGAUUGUAACUAUGUAUAUAUCAACAUCUUCAUUAAAAUGCGGUUGCAGAAAUA